UCCGGAAACAACAAAAUGGAGAAUGACAAUCCAAGAUUCAAAAUGUUUAAUCCGAACCAGAACGAACAGAUCAGGAAGAGGGAUAUGUUUGGGAAAAAUGGAAAUGAAGAUGAUGAUAAAAACCAAGAAACUGCCCAACUGCCCGGUCUACAGAUCACCGCACAAGACGGCGAACUCCUAGACAAGCACGAUAGCUUCUAUAUCACCACCAAGAGCUUGUUAGUUCUGUUCCAGAUCAUGGGCAUUAUGCCUAUUAUGAGGGUACCGAAAGAUGCACAAACAACCAAGCGGACUACCUACAACUGGAUUUCAAAAGCAACGUUUUGGGCCUAUCUUGUGUGGUCUCUUGAGUCAAUCAUUGUAGUCAAAGUUGGGAAAGAGCGCUAUGAAAAUUUUCAAAAAAGUAAUAAUAAGCGGUUCGACGAGGUGAUUUACAACAUUAUCUUUCUCAGCAUCCUUAUACCGCAUUUUCUUCUUCCCAUCGCGUCGUGGCGGCAUGGCCCGCAGGUCGCAAUAUUUAAAAAUAUGUGGACUCACUACCAGCUUAAAUACCUUAAGAUCACAGGAACGCCAAUAGUAUUCCCAAAUCUGUACUCCCUUACUUGGGUAUGCUUCUUCUCAUGGGGUUUGAGUUUCGCCGUCAUUCUAUCCCAGCACUACUUGCAGGAUGAUUUCGAGCUGUGGCACUCUUUAGCUUAUUACCAUAUCAUAGCUAUGUUGGAUGGAUUUUGUUCACUGUGGUACAUCAACUGUAACGCUUUUGGAACAGCAUCUAAAGGUUUAGCCCGAAACCUACACAAGGCUCUGGAGGCCGACCAUCCGGCCCUGAUGCUUGCUCAGUACCGCCAUCUCUGGGUCGACUUGUCGCACAUGAUGCAGCAGUUGGGUCGGGCGUAUUCUAACAUGUACGGAAUUUACUGCAUGGUCAUAUUUUUCACGACCACCAUUUCGUUGUACGGCGCGCUCUCGGAGAUAUUGGAACAUGGCUUGAGCUAUAAGGAGAUGGGGUUGUUCGUGAUUGUCGGAUAUUGCAUGACUUUGUUGUUCAUUAUAUGCAAUGAGGCGUAUCAUGCGUCGAGAAAGGUAUGUGAUCAGUUACAGUAGGUAUUUAAUAAUUUCUCAGAUGACAAACAGCGCGAGGUGGAAAUGUUCUUAGUGGCCAUCGCCAAGAACCCACCCAUCAUGAACCUGGACGGUUUCACUAAUAUUAAUCGCGAGUUAUUUACUGCGAACAUAUCCUUCAUGUCAACAUUAAGUAUAGUAAUUAUGAGAUUUCAAGUAUCAUGA